UGAGUGCAUAGAUGAUGCAGACUGUAUGUGUUGUUGUUGUUGCUGCUACUGCAUACACUGCUGAACUCAGAUCCCGUUGAAAACAGCCUGUUAUUCACAACAGGUAAAACGUGAUCACAGUGUGCGACGUAGGGCACGCUACAGUAGAACACCUGUGCUACACGUGUGAACAGUUCAUUCCGUACAGGAGCAGCGGUAUGAAGACUCCGCUUGAGGCACAAGAUGAUGCCUUGGAUUUAGCUGGCCCACAUGAGUGAUAUGAAUAACACACUGGACGGAAUACACACUUCUGGAAGCCUCGGAGAGAAAGCAGAGAUUUUACAGGGUGGCAAGGGUAAUGUGAGUGGCUUUCCCAGCCCAGCCCUCAUCCCUUUGCGAGCUCCUUUACUAACACCAAAUGCCCAGAAGAUCAGGAAUACGCUCUGUAAGGGGAACAGGAGCAAUGAAGAGGGAGAGGAUUCAUUCUCUUCCCCUGUUCCAAACCCUUUCCCUGAGCUUAUCACCUCAACCCUCUCCCCCCUUGUCUCUGAAUGUUUAUUACCAUGGACUAAAAGUAGUGCAACUCAGGUAAUCAAAGUUUAUAAUGAAGAUAACACCAGCAGGGCAGUAGAGGUUCCCAGUGACAUCACUGCCCGGGACAUAUGCCAGCUGUUUGUCUUGAAGAACCACUGCAUUGAUGACCACAGCUGGACUCUUUUUGAACACAUCUCUCAUCUGGGAAUAGAGAGAACCAUUGAAGACCAUGAGUCUGUUAUGGAGGUACUAUCAAGCUGGGGAAUGGACACAGACUGCCGGCUGUAUUUUAGGAAGAAUUAUGCCAAAUAUGAAUUCUUCAGGAAACCCCUGGACUUUUUCCCGGAUCACAUGGUCUCUAUAUCAAGUGAAGCCAAUGGGAUGGUGGAUCACUCUCAGCUUAUACAGACCUUUCUCAACUCCAGCACUUGUCCAGAGAUACAUGGAUACCUCCAUGCCAAAGAACAAAGCAGGAAGUCUUGGAAGAAGUUUUAUUUUGUCCUGCGGAGGUCAGGGCUUUAUUUCUCCAGUAAGGGAACUUCCAAGGAACCAAGGCAUCUCCAGUUCAUUGCCGACUUCAGUGACAGUGAUGUCUACACAGUGUUGUCAGCCAAAAAACUACAUGGAGCACCUACAGAUUAUGGCUUCUGUGUCAAGCCCACAAAGUGUACUUCAGCCCGAGACUUGAAGUUGCUUUGUGCGGAUGAUGAGCAGACUAGGACCUGCUGGAUCACAGCCAUGCGCUUGUUAAAGUAUGGAAUGGAACUGUACCAAAACUUCAUUCAGCCACACCAGAAACAAAAAGCGUCCCCAAUGAGAAGCAUCUCAGAGAAUUCACUGGUGGCCAUGGACUUUUCUGGCCAAAAGAGCCGGGUGAUUGAGAACCCGUCUGAGGCGCUGUCUGUGGCUGUAGAGGAAGGCCUGUCAUGGAGGAGAAAGAGCUGCCAUCGUCUGAGCGGCCAUGGGAGCCCCUCCACAUCACAGAGCUCAGUGUCAAACAUAGCCCUCCACAUGACUCAGUCCUGGUUCCACGGCAAACUGUCUCGGGAUGAGGCUCAGCGUCUAAUUACUCAACAGGGUCAUAUCGAUGGAGUAUUUCUUCUGAGGGACAGCCAAAGCAACCCUAAGACAUUUGUACUGUCGCUGUGUCACAUGCAAAAAAUCAAACACUUUCAGAUCUUACCUGUGGAUGAUGAAGGGGAGUUAUUCUACAGUCUGGAUGAUGGUCACACACGGUUCACUGACUUGAUCCAGUUGGUGGAGUUUUACCAGCUAAACCGAGGAGUGUUGCCCUGCAAGCUCAAACACCACUGUGCCCAGAUCACCCUGUGAACAUGGGGACCCAAGAGACCCCCGAGGGCCCAGAUGCACCUUAACUACAGGGCCUUUUCUGGACAAACACUCCCAGUGUUCUUGUGCCUUGAAGAGAAAGAAAGAUAUCCAGACUGAACAACUAUGCUAACUAACUAAAACUACUGUUAUCAUCCACUAUCGUCUACAUUCGUACUGUGCUACAUGGUCCCUCAUUUUUCUUUUUCAAAACAAGCUGAAUUUGACAAAUUACUGUUGACUGUAUAAUAACUGGCUACAUGUGCUGAAGAUGAUGUGCACAUUUGUCUAGUGAACGUUAGUCUUUAGCCCUGUAUUGUGCCCAUGUGUGGCGGUAAAUCCAUUGUGCAAAGUCCAAACAUGACUUCUCGUACUGUGUAUUGUAGAGCUGAAUGUGUACUGCAAACAGCUUGUGAUUCUAACAGCAUCAUGACACUAGUGAAAUAAAGUAGAUUUAUUUUCUUAAUUGACAUACAGUAGUUUGUAGUUAGUUAGUUUUCACUAAAAACAUUUCAAUAGAAUGUCUUCUACAGUAUGUAUACACCUCAUUUUUUAUUUGAAACCAUAUCAUGAUGGGAAUUAUAGUAGCCUACACAACAUCUCUGAGUAAUUUCAGUAAAACUCUAUCUUACUUUUCAUGUCAUUGUAUUUCUAAGUAUUCAGGUAUUUUUUUUAAAGAAAAUGAUUGUUUUCUAUUUGAGAGCUAAAAUGACGUCUCAGGAAGUGUCACUGUGCAUGCUCCUGUAAGCUGGACUGAGACUGUUGUAGAGACAAAAGGAGAGGUAAUGUUCAGGUGGAGAGGAAUGGCACACAACCUCACUAGCCUGCACUGUUCAUUCAUUUUAAAUGUAUGUGAUUAAAUGAAAUGUUUGUAUUACAUGAAAUUGUUAGCUUGCUCUAGAGCGAGAGGAGUGAAAUAUAAUUCACCAGUUUUAUAUAUAAGCCAUGAAGAUGAAAAUCAGAAAUACUGUCUGACUGAUUUAAAUCAUAUCUGAAUUCAGUGUAUAAUAAAAUUUAGGUUUUAUAUUUUCCAAA